GGUUGAUAGGUAAUGCUAUAUAUGCAAACUAAUCACGGCAGGAAAAAGCAAGAAAGAAAAAGAGGUGGAGGAGAGAGAACGAAGAAACUUUUGGCCAACACAAAAGAAAUUUUAUGGAUCCUUUGCGUCGCCUAAUCCCUCUCUCGGUUACGACUUCAUCUUCUUCAUCAUCUUCAUCAUCAUCGUUCUUGAUUGUUCUUCUUACGCUUCUCUUCUGUGUCGCCAAUGCCGCCGCGGCCUUCGACGUCGUCCCCAUCUCCUUCGACGAGGCCUACGCUCCUCUCUUCGGCGACGGCAACGGCAACGUCAUCCGCUCCGCCAACGGCAAGAGUGUCCGCCUCCUCCUCGACCGCUUCUCCGGUUCCGGUUUCAUCUCCUCCAAUCUCUACAAGUAUGGCUUCUUCAGCGCGAAGAUUAAGCUGCCAUCGGAUUACACGGCUGGUGUUGUCGUCGCGUUUUAUACAUCGAACGGCGACGUGUUCGAGAAGACCCACGACGAGCUGGACAUAGAGUUUCUGGGGAACUUGAGGGGGAAGAAAUGGAGGUUCCAGACCAACGUGUACGGGAACGGGAGCACGAGCCGAGGGAGGGAGGAGCGGUACACGCUCUGGUUCGAUCCCACCAAGGAGUUCCAUCGCUACAGCAUCCUUUGGACCACCAACAACAUCAUAUUUUACGUGGAUGAAGUGCCCAUCAGAGAGAUAAUCCGGAACGACGCCAUGGGCGGCGACUACCCGGCGAAACCGAUGGCCCUGUACGCCACCAUCUGGGACGCCUCCGACUGGGCCACCUCUGGCGGCCGCUACAAGGUCAACUACAAGUACGCCCCCUUUGUGGCCGAGUUCAAGGACCUCGUCCUCCAGGGCUGCCCCGUCGACCCCAUCGACCAGUACCCAGCCGGCCACUGCUACGAGAAGCUCGCCCUCCUCGAGGCCCAGGACUUCUCUGCCGUCACUUCGCAGCGGCGCGUGGCCAUGCGGCGGUUCCGGCAGAGCUACAUGUACUACUCCUACUGCUACGACACUGUCCGAUACGCGAUCCCACCGCCGGAGUGCGUGAUCCUCCCGUCGGAGAAGGAGCGGUUCAAGGACACUGGGCGGCUCAAGUUCGGCGGCAGCCACAAGCGGCGGUCACGGCGGAGGGGGCAGACCCCCGUGGUGUCGGGGUCGGUGGAGCAGCCCGUGAUGUAGUUUGAUCAUUAGCUGUAAUUACAUGUGCCUAGACUUUUACAUCUCAUUUUCUUUCUUCCCCCUUCUAUUGGGUUGGUCAAGAUUUUUUGCCUUUCUGAUUUUUGUGGCUACAAGCAGAUAACACGAGGGGGAAUUUUCACAUGGCUUGAAUAAUCCAAUUAAACAUUGAUCAUCAUCUCAAUGUUUAUUAUGUUGAUAAA